AAGCUCCUUUAUGCGUCAAGAUCAGCUGCAGUUUCUGCGCAUUGUCUGUAUGAAUAGACCGAUCUCCAAUUGAGCCUCUUCACUUUGGAGAUUUUUCGAUUUUCGAUUAUACAGCUAUUGAAAUUAGGAUGCGCCGCUUUCUUCUCUCUUAGCUUGGUGGCUCGGUUAUAUAUAUAUAUUUGUCCUCCUUUUUUUUUUUUUUUUCUUUUUUUUUUUUUUGAUUGCCAGAUGAAAUUGACACUCGGGUUGCCACUUAUCAAGCGAAGCAUUUCAAUCCGCCGCUAAUUGCAGAUAUAGUGCCAUCCUUUCUUUUCACUGCGUUGAUUGCAUGGGAAUACUGCCUCCCGUGGCGCGCAAAGAAGAAGAAUGAUCGAUCGGUUUAAAUGCAGGAGAAACUCUUAUUCGUUGUUUUGGACCGGAUAUAGUGUGGGCUGGGGCAGAGAUGCGUAAUGCGCAGAGCAAGCUCCAUCUUCUCUCCAAAUAGGCAGCGUUCAAGACCCGAAAAUGUCUAAGUUGGAGGUGAAGAAGGAGUCCGGGGAGUCCAGUCCGUCGGAGGCCGCCUGUCUCUGCUCUCCUCCGGCGGCCAAGAACCAGUGCGCCAGCUGCGGCAUGGAGAUCCAUGACCGGUACCUGCUGAAGGUGAACAACCUGAACUGGCACUUGGGCUGUCUGGAGUGUUCGGUCUGCAGAGCGUCUCUGCGCCAACACAACAGCUGCUACGUCAAAAACAAGGAAAUCUACUGCAAACUGGAUUAUUUCAGUAGGUUCGGCACUAAGUGCGCCCAGUGUGGCCGGCAGGUGUACGCCAGUGACUGGGUGCGGCGGGCUCGGGGCAGCGUCUACCACCUGGCCUGUUUCGCCUGUUUCUCCUGCAAGAGGCAGCUGUCCACCGGGGAGGAGUUCGGCCUGGUGGAGGGCAGGGUGCUCUGCCGCAGCCACUACGACAUCAUGCUGGACAACCUCCGCAGGGCUGCAGAGAACGGCACAGGACUGACUCUGGAGGGAGCGCUGCCCUCCGACCAGGACUGCCAACCAAAACCAGCCAAGAGGGCGCGGACGUCGUUCACCGCUGAGCAACUGCAGGUGAUGCAGACUCAGUUCGCUCAGGACAACAACCCCGACGCUCAGACGCUACAGAAACUGGCAGAAAUGACGGGACUGAGCAGACGAGUCAUACAGGUUUGGUUUCAGAACUGCCGAGCACGACACAAAAAGCAGCCGCCGCAGAGCAGCUUCUCUCAGAGCGCUCCGCUGUCCAGGAUGCCUCCGUCGCUGCCAGAUGAUAUCCACUAUUCACCGUUCAGCAGCCCCGACCGACCGCAUCUACUCGCUCUACACGGGUACCUGGACACUCAUCCCUUCUCCGUCCUCGCCGCCCCGGGCCACUUGACCCAUCCGUCCAUCUCUUUACCGCAGCUUCCCAUCAGCCGCUGACCUUCUGCAUCUACUUCUCGCAGCAUCACCACUCUGACGUUGUGAAAGAAAAAAAUCCAUCGGGACGUACUGUCAGUAAUCUGCUCUGUUUGGGAGUCUAAUCCCCCCCGGGGACAGCAGGGACCUUCAUGAUCUGUUUUCAAUCAAGUCGGAUUCUUUGCUGUGAGACUGAGCUGAGCUAAAAGACAUCAGACUGUGGAGAAAUGUCUCUCUUCCACGCCAACAUGGGAGUUUUAUUUUUUAAUUUCUUCCUUUUUUUGUUAUAAUGCAAAGAAGAAGUUCCACUUUUCUUUUAUUUCUUCCUAUUUUUUUUUUUUUUUUGAUGGGACAUAAAAACAUUGCAUCAGGUCAGGAUUUUAUUUUCCUUUUGUUUACCCACUCAUUUGAUUAUUGUUGCAAUAUGAGCUCUACUAAAAACAAGAAAAAAAGGAGUGUUGUAGCAGUAUCACAGUAAAACCUCAGCAUUUUUUUUUGUAUCAGUGAUGAGCACAUUUGCAGCUUUACUGUUGUUUGUUGUUGUAUUGUUGUCCGAAAAUGGAAACUCUUAUUUAUUCAGAACGAAAACUUCACUUUUAAAAAAGCACUUUUAAAUGUGUCUUGAAAAUUGAAUAAUUCAGUGAUUGUACAUUGUAAAUACUGCUACAGUUUAAUAAAAAUGUAUCA